AUGUUACUCUCAAUGGAACAAACCUACAUCAGACCCAAUCAUAUGUACUCAGCAGAGGCGCUAUCUGCUUUUGUUGUUGCCGACUCAUCUACUUAUUCUGUGGUUGACAACCCCUCACCAGAGUGUUCUGUUGUUACUGAGUCUCCAGCCCCAUCUCUUCAAUCGGAGAGAGACAUCAAAUUGAUAUAUUCAUUAACAAAGCCAUGCUUGGAAAAAGUCAAUUUACCAAAGAAGAAACACCACUGGAACGAUUAUGAAAGACAAAUCGCAAUAAGAAAAGCAAAAGAAAUGGGUCUAACAAAGGCAACUCGGUUUUUGCAGACUUCUUUACCCACUUUAUUUGCAGGACUAUCGGCCUCAACGCUGCAAUAUUGGAUCAGAAAGCCAUCCCAUUAA